UAUGCCUCUGCGAGCUUCGAGUUAUAAAACUUCGAUAUCCUUUGUGCUAAUAUUCGUGAUUCGUUUACGUUUUCUAAAAAUGAUGCCUGAACUAUAAAUACAUCCAAUUACAGAAAAUCAUUGUGUUGACAACAGUUCCCUGUGUUUUAAGAAACUCACUGGAAUAUUUCACACAAAUCGUAACGGAAGGUUUCAUGAUUGGUAUUUAACCAGCCCACGUUUAACAUAACAAAUAUGUCGCCAUCAAGAACCCCUCAAGGCACGUAUCAUUAUAAUCAGUGACAUAAGAGUGAAUAUAUAAUAGACAACUAAAUGGAAGGAAAUGAAGAAGGGGGCAUGAUGGAGGACUUCACGGCAGAGGAGACGGGCCUCUCCGGUAGCAACAACACGGAAGGCGCGGCCGGGAGCGAACCCAUCCUUGGAGACGCCGAGGAGAUUGCAAGGAGGGAGAAAGCGUGCGAGGAGCUGCACGCGCAAAUGCCUCUGCCCGACCUCGCCCUCGGCCCAUACUGUCCACGCAUAUUUGAUGGCUGGUCAUGUUGGAAUGACACGCCGGCUGGAACAAGAGCCUUCGUUCAGUGUCCAGAUUUUAUCCCAGGAUUUGAUCCAGAUCGUAAAGGUCAUAAGGAUUGCGAAGAAGGAGGGCAAUGGUUUUCUGAUCCGCGAACAAAUCGAACUUGGUCCAAUUACACCACCUGCGUGGACAUGAGCAUCCUUAAGUUUCAUCAGGGAGUUAACACCGUCUACAUAUCCGGAUACUCAGUAUCACUCAUUGCUCUCUGCAUUUCACUCUUCAUCUUCUUUUACUAUAAAUCUCUGAACUGCAAAAGAGUAACCAUUCAUAAGAACUUAUUUCUUAGCUUCAUCAUCAACAACAGUAUGUGGCUGAUGUGGUUUUUCUUUGUGGUCAAUGACCCGGCUGUCGUCAACGAGAAUGGAACCGGAUGUCAAGUGUUGCACGUGUUCCUUCAUUACUUCAUGGUGUCCAACUAUUUCUGGAUGUUCUGCGAGGGCCUGUACCUGCACACGCUGCUCGUGGUGGCCUUCGUCGCCGAGGACAAGAUCAUGAAAUGGUUCUACCUGCUCGGCUGGGGCGCCCCCGCCGUUUGCGCCGUCGCUUACGGCGUCGCGCGGGGAAGUGACGCCGAGCAGAGCAUGCACUGCUGGAUGGAAGAUAGCAAUUACAACUAUAUCCUCAACGUUCCUGUGGUGGUGUCCAUGCUGCUCAAUCUGUUCUUCCUAGUCAAUAUCGUACGAGUCCUUGUCACCAAACUGAGAGCUGUCAACACUGCUCCUCAUACCAACUCGACCAAAAAGGCUGUUCGAGCGACCCUCAUUCUUAUUCCGCUGUUAGGCUUGCACUAUCUGCUCAUACCGUUUAGACCCCCGGAAGGAUCUACCGGCGAGGCAAUAUAUCAUUUCAUAUCGGCAUUUGCUGCAUCAUUCCAGGGACUUGGUGUAUCUCUGCUCUUCUGUUUCUUCAAUGGAGAGGUUCUGGCCAUCUUCAAGAAGAAAUGGAAUCAACGGAAGGAGAUGCACACAAACUACCCUUUUACUACGUUUUCAAUGGAUACGUUUAGCGUACAACCUACUGUCUGUCCUUCAACUUCACAGAACAUAAGUACAUGAAAACUAGUGUGGCUGACAGUAAUACUAUGGUCACAAGUUAUGGACAGACCAGAGAUGGAAAUGACGUUUGAUCUUUUCUCCAGGAGUCUACAGACCACAUCCGGAAGUAGAAAUCUCUAAAAUAAAAGAAGAAUAUAUGAUAUUUAAUCAUAGAAUGAACAGCAUAUUAUUUAUGUGUACAUAAUCUAUUAUAAAGCUGAUUAAGACAACUUAUAUAAAUACAUUUUCGAACGUAUUACAUAUAUUGUGCAGACUCUCAUACGGAUGCACACACACUAUAAACUAUAACAAGCUUUUGCAAACACCCAAACACGCGUGCACCAUUUCUGCUGUUGGCCAUGUUCCACAGCCGAGAAUCUAAUGAAGGAAAAUAAUCUGUGCUUUUGACAGUGUCUGUUAUAUUUGUAAUUACGGAAUAUACAUAUUACUUGGUCAUUUAAAUGUGCCAGGGGAAUUGCUUAAAGGACCCUGAAUUUUAAGAUGGACGAUAAAUGAAUCUAGUAGUACGGAGUCGGAUUUAAUGUCCAGUGGACAGUGAUUAUUAUAUGUACGCGUUUUCGGAAAUGUUAUACCAAACAGACAUCAUUCAGAAGCAAUGGUAUGUUUUUAAUAUCACUUUGAUUUACGUCUUUAAAUGGCCAAGUAACGCAUUGUCUUGCGAGGUAUAUAUCUAUAUCUUAAAUUUUAGUUGUGAUUCCGCAUCUGUAAAAUACGAAUGGCUGUAAUAUGUGUUGACAUAAAAUAUUCAGUGUUUCUGUCCAGUAUUAGCAGUUACGAGUGGUGAUAUACACACUGAUGAUGUGUUGUAAUGUGUCAUUAUUCAUAUUUAUAUCCGAAGUUAUUGAAAUAAAGAAAUACAUAAGUACACGUAAAUUGUGUGUGUGUGUGUGUGUGUGUGUGUGUGUGUGUGUGUGUGUGUGUGUGUGUG